AUGCCCUUCGGCCUUAAGAACGCAGGAGCUACGUACCAAAGAUUAGUCGACAAGGCUUUCGCUACACAGAUAGGAAGGAAUCUAGAAGCAUACGUCGACAACAUGGUUAUCAAAAGUAGGGACGAAGAGAGACUCAUCGAAGAUAUCCUGGAAACCUUCGGGAACCUCAGGAAAAUCAACAUGAAACUCAACCCCAAAAAGUGUUCGUUUGGAGUGGAAGAAGAGGAGGCGGGAAGAGCUCUGGAGCAGAUGAGAAAAUAUAUUGCGGACCUGCCAAUGCUAACAGCCCCAAAGCCAAAAGAAAUACUCUACGUGUAUCUGGCCGCCUCAAUUGAAUGCGUCAGCGCUGUGCUUGUGGCAGAAAGGGAUAAACAACAGAUACCCAUUUACUUUUUGAGCAAAGUCCUGCAAGGCGCAGAAGCCAACUAUCCCGAGUUAGAAAAACUGACCUUGGCCCUUGUCCACGUAGCACGCAGGUUGCGAAGGUACUUUCAGGCGCAUCCCAUCGUCGUAUUAUCUAAUAAGCCAAUAAGGCAGAUAUUGCUUAAGCCAGAGAAGUCGGGACGUGUGGCCAAGUGGGCCAUCGAAUUGGGGGAGCACGACAUUGAGUUCAUGGCCAGGAAUGCAAUUAAAGGGCAAGUGUUGGCUGACUUCAUUAGCGAAGUCCACGAGGGCGAAAACUCGAUGACACACUAUGUGUCACUCGAAGUAUUGGGGAACGUCGAAAAUGAUGUAUGGAAAUUGUACACCGAUGGAGCCGCAAGCUCCGAUGGCUGUGGAGCCAGUUUGAUGCUAGUCAGUCCCGAAGGCAAAGAAUUUACCUAUGCUCUGAGAUUUGAGUUUGGAGUAACAAAUAACGAAGCUAAGUACGAGGCAUUGCUAGCAGGACUUCGGAUCGCCAGAGAUAUGAAGAUCCGCAACCUACAGGUAUAUGUCAAUUCCCAAUUGGUCGCAAACCAAGUUAAAGGGGACUACGAAGCCAAGCAGAAUACUACAAAACUAUACCUACAAAAGGUGCAGGAACUGAUGGAAUGUUUCAGUCACUUUGAAAUAGAGCACAUUCGAAGGAACCAAAACAAAAAAGCAGACGCCUUGAGCAAGCUAGCUUCACUCACAUUCGGACACCUAGGGAAACAAGUACUGGUAGAAGUCCUCAAGGAAAGAUCGAUCGAAGAAAAACAAGUCUCUGACCUUGUGGAGGAAGAGGGCAAAAAUUGGAUGACCCCCAUUUACGAGUACCUAAUAAGCGGAAUACUCCCCGCAGACAAGGACGAAGCCCGAAAGAUAAGGGUAAAAGCCCGCAAUAUAAGAUCUAAGAUAAAAACUGUACAAAAAAGGCUUCGUCACGCCAUGGCUCCGAUGCAUAGGUCCAAACCAAGCAGAAAUGAUCAUCCGAGAAAUACAUGA